AUGACCGAAGGGAGACACUGCCAAGUACAGCUUCUGGAUGAUAGGAAGCUGGAGCUACUAGUUCAGCCUAAACUUUUGUCACGGGAAUUAUUGGAUUUGGUGGCUUCACAUUUCAACCUCAAAGAAAAGGAAUAUUUUGGGAUAACAUUCAUAGAUGAUAUGGGACACAAUGUCUGGCUACAGUUAGAUCACAGGGUUCUGGAUCAUGAUUUACCUAAAAAACCCGGUCCAGCAACUUUGUUUUUUGCAGUCAGAUUUUACAUAGAAAGCAUUUCAUUUCUGAAGGACAAGACCACAGUUGAACUUUUUUUCCUCAACGCAAAGUCCUGUGUGCAACAGGGGCAUAUUGAAGUGGAAAGCGAGACAGUCUUUAGAUUAGCUGCUUUGAUUUUACAGGAAGCAAAAGGAGACUACUCUAGUGAUGAAAAUGCAAGAAAAGCUCUGAAGAACUUGCCUGCAUUUCCUACAAAAACCUUGCAGGAACAUCCUUCACUUGCCUAUUGUGAGGACAGAGUCAUCGAACAUUACAUUAAGAACAAGGGGCUGACUAGAGGACAAGCGAUUGUUCAGUACAUGAAAUUGGUUGAAGCUCUGCCUACUUAUGGAAUCCAUUAUUAUGGAGUGAAGGAUAAACAAGGCAUCCCGUGGUGGCUUGGGAUCAGUUAUAAAGGAAUUGGCCAGUACGACUUACAAGAUAAAGUCAAACCUAGAAAAUUAUUUCAAUGGAAGCAGCUGGAGAAUCUCUAUUUUCGUGAAAAGAAGUUUGCAGUAGAAGUUCAUGAUCCUCACAGAAUUUCAGUAUCAAGACGGACCUUUGGACAGAGUGGCCUUGUAGUGCAAACCUGGUAUGCAAAUACUUCUCUAAUCAAAUCCAUCUGGGUGAUGGCAAUCAGUCAACAUCAGUUUUACUUGGACAGGAAACAAAGCAAAGCAAAAAUUCCCUCAGCCAGAAGCUUGGAUGAUAUUGCAAUGGACCUGACAGAUACGGGAGUGCCAAAAGUUUCAAAGCUAACAGCUUUGGAAGCAAAGAAUCAACUUAUUAUGGCCAGCAAUGGUAGCUUAAUCUCUUCAGGAUCUCAAGAUUCAGAAGUCAGCGAAGAGCAGAAGAAAGAGAAAAUCUUAGAACUGAGAAAGAAAGAAAAACUUUUGCAGGAGAAACUCUUGGAGAAAGUUGAAGAGUUGAAGAAGAUCUGUUUGCGGGAAGCGGAGAUCACUGGAAAAAUGCCAAAGGAAUAUCCUCUGAACACUGGAGAGAAGCCUCCUCAAGUCAGAAGGCGUGUAGGUACAGCAUUCAGAUUGGAUGACAAUAUGCUACCCAGUGAGGAGGACCCAAAGCUGCAAAAUCUAGAAAGCAACUUUCUCAUCCAACAAAAAUUGGUGGAAGCAGCAAAGAAACUGGCUGGCGAGCCAGACCUGUGCAAAAACGUGAAAAAGAAAAGAAAACAAGAGUACACAGAGGCAGUGAAAAAGCUUCAGGAGGUUGAAAAUUCCAUCAAUGAAUAUAGAAUUAAAUGUGGGAAGAAACCUGCACAGAAGUCAACCCUGAUUUUACCAGAUGAAAUUAUACCAUCUGAGAGCAGCUCCUUGUCUGAUACAACAUCUUUUGAAGAUGGCAAUACUUCCCUUACUGUGGCAGUCCAAAGAAUAAUCUCUCUGCCAGCCUCUCCACCACCCAAAACUCUUGGAGUGGAGAAGAUCCAUCUCAGGAAGUCUUCCAUGAAUGAACAGCUCUUAGAACAGAGACACUCCAGAGAUUCUCUGUCAACUCAUAGCAGUCCAUACCGGACAGCCGAGAGGCAACACCAUGGAGGAAGAAGUAUGCCCACAACACCAGUCCUCACACGCAAUGCCUACAGUAGCACUCACUUGCCAUCCGAUACUUCCCCUCAGCACUGUUUGGAGACCCAAACUGCCUUCUUAUCUGAAACCACCAGUGAAAAGCCAGUGUUCACCCUUUCAAAAUCCCAAAGAAGUAGCAGCACAGAAAUCCUAGAUGAUGGAUCCUCCUACACCAGCCAAUCCAGUGCAGAGUAUUACUGCAUGACCCCAAAUUCAAAGCCCUGCUAUAGCACCCAAACGCUUGACAACCGCACUAGAAACAGGAGACGGUCCAAGAAACUGAACAUUUCUGCUUCCAGUUCAGGAAGUAUGCCUAACCUAGCCCAGAAGGACAACUGCAAUGGGGUCUACGCAAAAAAGCAAGGACAGAUGCCGACCAGUUGCUACAUUUCUGGCUAUGCCCCUUCUACAGGGGGCGACAUAUAUUACAACGGUGGCUAUGUAUACGAGAACGGCACAGAGGGCCAAUACACGGUCAACCCUUCCUAUCGUUCCUCAGCACACUAUGGGUACGAACGUCGAUAUCGGGAAUUCAGAUCUUUCCACGAAGAUGAAAUGGAGCGAGUGCCACACAAUCCGUACGCCACGCUGCGCUUGCCACGGAAGCCAUCAAUGAAAACAGAGCACAUCACUAAAAAUAUCCACAAGGCCUUAGUUGCGGAGCAUCUUCGUGGCUGGUACCAGCGUGCCUCUGGGCAAAAAGAGCAGGUUUUCGGCUUGCAGGCAGGCCUUGAUGCUGAUCGUGAGUCCCAGAGAGGUCUAGGCUGUACUGGACUACAGAUGCUAAGUUGUCAAAGCAGUCAUUCAUCUUCUUUCUCUUUAGCAUCCUCAACAAAUUCCUCCGUGAACUGGCGAAAUCAGGUUUUGUUAGGACUUCCUGAUUAUGAUACACUAUCACAGUCCUCCUUUGCCAGCUGUUACGGGAAUGUGUAUGGGAACCACCCACUGCAGAGCAGGAUAUAUCCUGAAACUAACCAGUUGGGCAGCAGCAGUAGGAACCCUUUGCAAGACGGUCUUCAAGAGAGCGAGCAGAGACUUUUCUGGCACGAGGAUUCAAAACCUGGGACUUUAGUAUGAACCCGCCCUCUCCUUCAAACGCCCCAUGUGCCUUGCACCUUACACAUUUUCCCCACGAAAAUGAGGUUCCUGGUGCAGCCACUCCGUCAAGGAGGUUGUGCUGGGAGGACAAGAAGCAUUCAGUGUCAGAGAAACCGGAAGGGUCUCAACCUGUGCUAGCACAACAAGUAUGAAUCUGAAUACCCUCAGCAAAGGAAGAGGACUCCAGUUGCCUGCUUUUAAAGCUCCUAACCUUCAGAUGCUACUUUGGGUUAAAAGUAUUUUUGAAAGCACUUUUUAUUUUUAUUUUUUAAGAUAAAAUGGGGGAGCCGUUGUGGACGUUGCAAAACAUCCCAAAAUGUGAAAAGAAGAUACUUGUUGGGAUGAGGUUAUUUUUUAGCAGCACAAUUUGGAGAGAGAGAGAGAAGCAGGCAACGUGAGAGUGUGGCAUCUGCCAAUCAAGAAGAUUCUAUUGAAGGAUGCCACGAGCAUAAUGAGCAGAGUGGAAGAUUGGCUUGGUAUUGCAAUGCUACUUGAAGGAUGCUUGGUUGUGUGUGUGUGCGUGUGUGUGUGAGUGUGUUUUUUUAAAAACAGUAUUCCGAAUAAGGUUAAAGUUCUUUUAAAGGUAUGCCAUCUUGGGUAUAUAUAUCCAUAAGUUUAAACACGGAGUGGGAGGGGGGUGGGGGCAGAGAAGCAGUUGCACAUAAAGGUAAUAAAGCAUUGUUGUUUUCCUGACUUUUUUUUUUAAAAAAUGCAAUUUUACAUGUUCUCUUCCCCAUCCUUUCCCAUGUUGCUUUGUAAUGAUCAAGGUUUAAUAUAGAAUGCACCAGGAUAAACAUUUGAGGUGCUUUCACGGAAUUGUUUACAAGAGCUACACUGUCUUCCAUUUGCAACACUCCCAGAUUCCCCCCCCCCUUUUUUUUUCUUCUGUGUUUCUUCUUUCCAGAAAAAACAAAAUCCUUACAGUUAAAUAAAAAAAAAAGGCAAAAAAGCAGCACAAUAACUUUUGAAUACAAGCAACCAGGCGCUUCCUCUGUCCAGAAACCUCAUAAUAUCCAAUGACUGGAAACAGAAACUUUGCAGUUGACCAAUUGGGGGCUAUCUGGGCCAGUAUUACUCUUUGUUUAAUAGUGAAUGCAAAUACAUUAAUUACACCAUGUAGGUGCCUUUAAAUCGAUAGGCAUUAAUAAAAUGAGAGAAAAAAGUACAAGAUGUGCAGAACAAAUGCACAAAGAAGUCUGAUCUUUGAGGAGGAUCCAUUGGCUAGGAUUGGCAGUGUGGGAACAGGGCGAAGCAGGAAGUAAUCCAGGUUGGGAAUUGAAUCAAGAGCCGACAAUCUUGAAUUCCCGUUUGGUAAAUCAGGAGCUGGAUACAUGUUUUGUUUCCACCCUUCUGUGAAAUCAGCUGAUCUGAUCUGUGAAUGGAAAUGUGUGCAUACAUUAUAAAUUGACUUCUAUAACUUGGGACCACAGAGUAAUAAGUGACUAUUCCAAUAAACUCAGUAAAUUUUGGGUUUGGUGCAAAAGAGAGAGAUAAAAAUCAAGUUACAGGUUUUUGCCACGAA